GGCGUCAAUGACGGUCGUCGCUCAAAGUUGAAUUAAUUUUAGAGAAAUUAGUAGCAUUGCAUUAAUUAAUGGAUAAGAAUCCGAUAUCGGUAUUUUGAAUUCAAGUCUCAACUACCCAAUUUGUCUGUGUUCUACUGCCAUACUUAUUUCGCCUUGCGUAUAUUUAGCUUUUUUACAUGAAGGGAUUUUUCAUCCACCACCUUCAUCAUCAAGAAAUCAAUUUUCCUUUUUCGGCUUCACAUUAAUUAUUCUAGUAACUGAGAAUUGAGUUGCAGAAAGGUAAAAUGAAGAAAUUUGCAGUGAAGGUGGAAGAAGGGAAGGAAGGGAGAGAUGGACUGCCGUCGGUUGGUCCUGUUUACAGGAAUCUAAUAGCAGAACAUGCAUUUCCGGCCACUGAUCCUGCUUUAGGCACUGCUUGGGAAAUGUUCAGAGCGUCUGUUGAGAAGUAUCCAGGAAACAAGAUGCUAGGAUGGCGUGAAAUUAUUAAUGGGAAGUGGGGCCCUUAUCUCUGGAAAUCCUAUGAGGAAGUAUACGAAGAAGUUUUACAUGUUGGUUCUGCUUUACGGGCUCAUGGGAUUGAACCUGGUGCACGAGUUGGAAUUUAUGGAUCAAAUUGUCCUCAGUGGAUUGUGGCCAUGGAGGCAUGCAGUGCUCAAAGUUUAAUCUGUGUUCCCCUCUAUGAUACUCUAGGAGCGGGAGCUAUAAAUUACAUCAUAGAUCAUGCAGAGGUUGAUUUUGUUUUCAUCCAAGAUAGAAAAGUGAAAGAACUUUUGAAUCCCGAAUGCACUCAUGCUCGACGGCUUAAAUUGGUAGUUUGCUUCUCUUCAAUGACAGAGGAAGAACAGAAUAAUGCAGCCUCUAUCGGUGUAAAAUCAUACUCUUGGAAUGAAUUCCUUGAAAUGGGAAGGAAAUAUCCAUCAGAUAUCGUGCCGCCACAGCCGUUUAACAUAUGCACAAUUAUGUACACCAGUGGCACUAGUGGAGAUCCCAAAGGUGUUAUAUUGACACAUGAAAACAUUUCCACAUGCAUAAUAGGUGUCGAUCUUUUCAUGGAGCAAUUUGAAGACAAGAUGACAAUCAAUGACGUAUACAUAUCGUUUCUACCUCUUGCUCACAUUCUUGAUCGCAUGAUUGAAGAAUAUUUCUUCCACAAGGGUGCUUCAGUUGGCUACUAUCACGGGGAUAUAAACGGGUUGAGGGAUGAUUUGAUGGAGUUGAGACCAACAUUUUUGGCAGGAGUACCUCGAGUUUUUGAGAGGAUACAUGAAGGAGUCUUAAUAGCACUUCAAGAACUCAAUCCACGGAGGAGAAAAAUUUUCGACUUGCUCUACAGAUACAAGCUAUACUGGAUGAAGUUAGGGUAUAAACAGAAAAAUGCAUCGCCAUUGGCAGAUCUACUGGCUUUCAGAAAGGUCAAAAAUAGGUUAGGCGGCAGGAUCCGUCUAAUAGUUUCUGGUGGUGCACCUCUAGGCAGUGAGAUUGAAGAAUUCCUCCGCGUUACCUCCUGUGCUUUUGUAGUACAAGGCUAUGGGCUUACAGAGAGCUGUGGAUUGGCCACUCUUGGCUUCCCUGACGAAAUGUGCAUGAUGGGAACAGUUGGUUCUGCAUUUGUAUAUACAGAGAUCCGCCUGGAGGAGGUUCCAGAAAUGGGGUAUGAUCCACUAGGAGAUCCACCUCGAGGUGAAAUAUGCAUCAAAGGAAGGACAGCAUUUGCAGGAUACUACAAGAAUCCGGAACUGACCAGGGAAGUCCUAAGGGAUGGAUGGUUUCACACAGGCGACAUAGGGGAGAUGUUACCAAAUGGAGUUGUAAAAAUUAUUGAUAGAAAGAAAAAUCUUAUUAAACUAUCUCAAGGAGAGUACGUUGCACUUGAAUAUCUGGAAAAAGUUUAUGGCAUCACCCCGAUUGUUGAAGAUAUUUGGGUCUACGGGGACAGCUUCAAGUCGAUGCUGGUUGCAGUAGUAGUACCAAAUCAAGAUAGCAUCAAAAAGUGGGCAGAACAGAACGGCCACAAACAUUCAUUUCUCGAACUAUGUUCCCUUAAUCCGCUACAAGAUUAUAUCCUCCUUCAGUUGAAGUUGACAGCAGAACGAAACAAGCUAAGACGUUUUGAGCACAUAAGAGGCGUAAUAGUAGAACCUAAUCCUCUUGAUACCGAAAAGGAUUUGGUCACUGCAACACUGAAGAAGAAACGAGACAAUUUGCAUAAGCGCUAUAAGGCGAAAAUUGAUGAUCUCUACCAAAAGCUAGCUGGAAAUAAGUGAUGCAUACAGUUUUUUCUACAUAUGAAGUUUUCAUGUAGUUAGAGAGAAUGUUUGUAUUUAGAGUUAUAAUUCAAGACGGAGACUGCAUCAGCAGCCACAAGUUAUUAGCACUAUCGAGUAUGGUAUGCCUCUCUUUCUGCCUUUAGAGCGAAACUAAGUACAUAGUGAAAGUCUAUCUAAUGUGAUUGCUGAAUAUUUUAGUGCACUAUUUUCAAAAUUUAAAUUAGUAAUCUGGAGGUGUUAUCUCUACUAGGUACAUUCUUAGUACAGUUACAAUACAAAUUUCAGAUAUUUGUAAUA